AGUAAAGUUCCUCCGACAUGCCUGUAACUAAUGCCGACAGCUUUUACGACUAAUGCGGAUAAUGAUUUGGCCUGGAGCCCUGGGUGGAUUUGCUGGAUGUUCAGUCACCAGUGGAGGAUAGUUUGGGAACUGACCAUGAUAUAUCGCUCUGGUAUGCACAGGAUUUUUGAAUUCUUGUGUUUUAGUAAAAAGUGGUUGAACCGGUUGUCCUGUCAGAAAGUGUAACGUAUGUUUAAGCAAAUGGGGAAGCAUGAAACUCAGACGCUUAGAGAGAAUUACUCAGAAAUAUACCACACGCUGGCCAAGAGCAGAAACCUCAGACAUAUUGUGCUCUAGUGUACAAUGAGAAGGAGCCUCUAGCGGAGCGUAUAUUCACCCCAAGCUCGACUAAGUGCACAAGAAGACAUUUUUAAAAUGGACUCCCACGUGUCUUCAGUGGACCACGGCCAUUCACAGGCGAGUGGUGGGGAAAAGUUGUCUAGUAGCUGGCAAAAGCCCACUCACUCCAGGAGCAGCAGCACAGCAUCCUCACGACACUCACGGCUGAACAUUAAAGACUGGGAAGUAAUGGAUGACUUUCCAGUAGAUGUAAACUUCACUGGAGAAAACAUGCAGGAUGCGAACACUCCAGGAAUCUGUGAAGGCUACUUGAUGAAGAGGAGAAAGUGGCCUCUUAAAGGCUGGCAUAAGAGAUACUUUGUCUUGGAUAAAGGGAUCCUGCGAUAUACAAAAAACCCACAUGAUUUCUCCAAAGGGAAAAUGCACGGUUCACUGGAUGUCAGUCUCGCAGUUAUGUCGGUAAACAAAAAAGCGAGACGUAUAGACCUGGAUGCUGGAGACAAUCUGUAUCACAUGAAGGCCAAGACUCAAGAAUUAUAUUACAUAUGGGUCACCAAGCUGAGUGCCCACAGGAUGUAUAAGAAGAAUGAAGCUGCGCACAUUCACAAUGGCUUCCUCCAGGCCCUGUCCCAUGGCAGUCAUUUAUCUCACAAAAACAGUGCCAUGCAGGACAUGGGCACGUCUGUGUCUAAUGUGGGUGAAAGUCUGCCGUGUGUCAAUCCUGCCAUUAAUGGGAAAGUGUCAGCUUGGCUACAGUCACAAGAACCUGACUUCUGUGCACAAGAGCUUACACGUUGUCAAAUGGAGCUGAAUGAGCUGCAACGGCUGGUCCAAAAGUUGCAAUCUCUAGAGUCAAACCAAUUGGUCAAUAACGGAGACCUCCAGAGGAUUAUCAGCAUGCAGAAUCUUCUUCUUGAAAAGCCUAAGAAGAAGUCUAGCAAGAUUUGGGGUCACUCUCGCACACUGUCUCGAGUUGAGGCGCUUGGAAUGGGAUUGCCCUGCCAUUGGGAUUAUUCCAUGUUUUCCACAAAGCCAUUUCGUGGGAUUACUAAAUCGUUAUCAUCAAGCCACCUGACCAGUUCUUCCCACCUGGGAACCUCCGUCCCAUCAAUCCCUGAUUAUGUCCUCACCCAGGGGACCCCACCAGCCUCCAUCUCAUCAGAAGACAAGAAACUACAUCAAGACAUCUGCUCCAUGGCCCAGAAAGUCCAUGCCUCUCUGCGUACUACACAUGAGGCUCUUAUUCAGGAGCGCCAACGCCUGCACGACGCCUGGUCUAGCAGGGAGCUUCACCAGACCUCUGCUCAGAUCAAUAACCUCUGCAGCCUGGCUGAGUUAGAUGUUAACUCCCGUCAUACCAAAAUCCACAAACUCUCGGUGUCCUCCAACUCCUCAGAUGAGUCCUUCCGUACUGUGCUACAAAGAAAGUCUGGCUCAGGCCGUAGUUCGCUUGUCCGUGUGCCCUCGGUGGCUGACUCAGUGGCGGAGUAUUUUGAUGCAUGUGAUGAGCUUAUGUGUGCGAGCUCUUCUGAGAUAUCAGAUGAGUCCGGCCUGAGUGACGGAUCCAGUAAUUCAGAGCCUGAUGAGGCUCAUGCAAUGGCUACUCGCAAGUACCGCGCCAGCCUUUCAAGGGCGCCACCAAAAUCGAACAUCAUCAAGAACACCGGAGGCCGUACUAGUCUGCCUGCUGUCUGCCCUGACAACAGCCAUGUCGGUUUGAUGACUAUCCUUUACAACAACAUAGGAAAGGAUCUGUCCCGUGUCUCCAUGCCAGCAGCUCUGAAUGAACCUGUGUGCCUGCUGCAGAGACUCUGUGAGGAGCUGGAAUACUCAGACCUACUGGACUCUGCCAAUCAUACUGAUGACCCCUACCAGAGGAUGGUUUAUAUUGCUGCUUUUGCCAUAUCUGGCUAUGCCACGGCUCAGUUUCGCAACCGUUACAAACCAUUUAAUCCAGUCCUGGGAGAGACAUUUGAGUGUAUCCGAGAGGACAGAGGCUUCCGCUACAUUAGUGAGCAGGUUUCCCAUCAUCCACCCAUAUCUGCAUGUCACGCAGAAUCAGAGAAUUUCAACUUCUGGCAGGACCAGAGAUGGAAGAACAAGUUUUGGGGCAAAUCUUUGGAGAUCAUGCCAACAGGGAUGGUGAAUGUGACUCUAAAAAAAUAUGGGGACCACUAUGAAUGGAACAAAGUGGUUACGUGCAUCCACAAUGUCCUCAGUCAGCAGCGAUACCUUGAGCACUAUGGCGAAGUCGUCAUUCGCAACCUGAACAGUUCGGUCUGCACCUGUAAGAUCACAUUUGUCAAGUCACGUUACUGGGGUUCAGAUGGUUCCAAAAACGAAGUGCAGGGUCAAGUUCUUGAUGAGGCUGGUAAUGUCGUCCAUCGUUUUGGUGGAUUUUGGCAUGAGGGGAUUUUCUGUGACACCCUGCCCAAUCCACAGUGCAUCUGGAAGCCAAAUCCACAGCCCAAGAACUACCUGCUUUACUAUGGCUUUUCCAGCUUUGCAAUGGAGAUGAAUGAGCUGACUCCUGACCUUAAGCCCCUGCUGCCCCCUACAGAUACACGCUUGCGCCCUGACCAAAGGCUUCUUGAGGAGGGGAAAAUACAGGAGACUGAUAAAAAGAAGGAUGAGGUAGAGGAAAAGCAAAGAGAAAGGAGGAAAAUUCUGGCCAAGAAAGGAGAGGAGCACAUCCCUCGCUUCUUCAGGAAAUCUUUGGAUGGUGCGGGAAGGGAAGUUUGGCUGUACAAUGGAACAUAUUGGAAGAUCAGGGAGAAUCCUGGAUUUUCUAAUGUUAAGAACCUGGAUUUAUGGUGAAGAACACAGAGUGCAGCCACACACCGUGGACAAUAAAUCCCUGAUAAAUCCAGUUUGCACAGUUUUUAAGAGACUAUAGAACAUUUUUGGAGCAAAGAUGAAUUGCUGAGGGUUUUCGUACUGAACCGAAUCCAUUGAGCAAGGAUGAUGCUUUUAGCAAACGGCAACAGGAGGGAUGCAUUUUGAACACUUUUAUUUAUUUGAUGGUUGAGGACACAAACUUGGUGGACAGUUUGGAUAAAAUAUAAGCCAAAAAGGAAUUGAGAAUGUGUGCGAGUUCUGGAGUUAUGUUUAGUUUUUAACAAUUGCGCACAUUUCUAUGGGCAAUGUAAAAUUACCUUUCAGUUCAAGUACUUAUGUGCCAGUGGAUACAGCAAGAGUCUGGAUAAAGUAAAUGGAUUAUUUGAUCAUAUGUAAUAUUCAGGGCUCACCAGUUCAUAAAAGGAACACUAUUUCUCUUACAAAGCCACGGCUCAACCUGAGCAGGAUUUGCCGGUAACUGGAUUAACUCUAAUUUAGGCUCUCGUUGACUUGUACUGAAGGCGAUUCCUGAAAUCUGUCCUCGGCACUCUUAGAUUGAUUGCACAUCUUUUCUUUUUUUUUUCUCUCCUUUUUUGUAACAAAAUGUAAGAUUACAAUUUUAGUCAAUGAUAUUAUAUUUAUUGGCAUUUAAGUAUGAAUUAAACUCACAGUUUGAAAUGUGACAUCAGAAACGACAAUUUUGUGUAGGCCUGGAUGAAGAAAAUCAGUGUAUUAAUUGCAUAUUUGUACACUUUCAAGUAUUGACUUUCAUAGCAAUUUAAAACCGCAAUAAAAUGUACAAUAUUAAAGAAUCGAAGAAAAUGAA